CACUGACACUGUUGAACUACUUGCUUGAUAAUCUCCAGAUGGUAAACCAGCUCCAAAUCAGUCGCCAGACGAUUCACCCGCCGAGGAACGACAUCACUCAUCCUCACCAGAGUCGCGACUGCAGCCUGAAGACCUGUCAGUUGCCACCAAAGUCACCAAGGAGUCGACGAAACAAAAUACCGAGGUAUCAUUGCCUCCCUUGAAGACUCCAGAGCUCAAAUUGUCGGUAAGAAAAUUGCUGGGCUGCAGUCCGUCGCCGCCGCCGGUCUCACGAGACACAUCACCAAGUAGUCCAAUCAACGUUCAAGAGACCAAGGUCUCCUCGCCUCAGUCAUUCGAUUCAAGGAGUGACAAAUCUUCUCGGAAAAUCCUCGUCGAGGACAACACAAAAGGUUCCAACUGUCGUAGCAGUGGAAGUGGAAGCACUGGCAGUGGAGGUGGAGGUGGAGGUGGAAAUGGUAAACAGAGAAGAUCGAGGACAAACUUUACUUUAGAGCAGUUAGCUGAGUUGGAACGACUCUUCGACGAGACACAUUAUCCUGAUGCAUUUAUGCGAGAAGAAUUGAGCCAGAGAUUGGGCUUGAGUGAAGCACGUGUUCAAGUUUGGUUUCAAAAUCGUCGUGCCAAGUGUCGCAAACACGAGAGUCAAUUACACAAAGGUGGAAUGGUCUUAGCACCAAGAAGUCCGCCAACUUCCUUAGAACCAUGCAGAGUAGCGCCUUAUUUACCAGCACUGCGACUACAUCCUCCAUCAGUACAAUCGUCAACGAAUGUCAGUGCAAAUACUUCAGCUUCAUCCGCGUUUGAUCCAGCGGUACUUCACUAUGCAGCAGCUGGUGGUCUUUUCUGUUUACCGCCUUCACACCCUCAAGUACAUCCGCUGAGCUUAGCGGCUUCUUUCGCCGCGGCCGCUGCGCGCUCCAAAAACAGCAGCAUCGCCGAUCUCAGGCUAAAAGCAAGACGACAUCAAGAAGCCUUGGGACUUGAUAGGCCUGCGUAA